CCAUGGCGGCAGAGUUUAAGCUUGGAAGAUGCAAGUUGCUGAGAUCGAAUGCCGAUUAUUUGCACCAAGUCAUUCAAAUUUACGACGAAAAUAGCGAAAAUGAACAGUCAGGUGAGCUAUUAUGGACUGAUGGAGAAAAAUUGUGGUUGUCAACGGUAAAGUUUACCCGCAACAGCGAAGAGUUUUCAGCAAAGGAACGCUUUUUAGUUGGAGAAUUCGAAAGUCUUGUUAUAGGAAUAUCAUGCAGCGCGCUGAUCAAGCAUUCUACUGGGUAUUUCAUUGCCGUAGUUCUAAAGGAAAAAGUUGUUGUUUUGUGGAGAAAGAUCGGGGAGGUUAACGUUACUGUGGUGAAAGAUUACUUUGUAAACUGUUUACCUCGAGGUUGCGAGUGGCAUCCUCAUGCUCCAAUGCUUUCUGUACUCUCCAAAACGUCAGCGGUAUUAUUAUGUUUUUCGGAAGAACACGACUGCAACAUCAUCUCUAUAAAAACUUCACACAGAAAUUUACAGACUUGUGUUUGGAGUGAGGAUGGUGGAAGUCUUGCUGUAGCAGUGGAGGAAGGUCUGAAUAUAUUUUCAUGGAGAGAUCUCAACAAACCUAAUCACUUUACUUGUACACAAUGGAACAGUCUUCAAGUGGCUGGUAAAGUUAAUUGCAUUGUUCCUUGGAAAACAUCUUCAUUUAUCGUGGCUACAGAACUUCCUCUGGAUAAGCUAUGUUCUUAUACUGAAAGGGAUGGUGAUCUUUUUGAGAUGGAAAAUUUUCGAGAUUCUGAUGAGAGCAGAGGCAUUGAUUCAAGUGGCACUUCUGUUGCUUCUUCAAAAGAUUUUGAUUUUACCCUUAUUGCUAAAUGUGCUAAUCAAGGUGAAACUUCAUUACUACACCUGAAACUAAAGAAACCACAAUCUGGAACCUCUGAAACAUUUGCACAGAUCAUUGCUUUAUGUCUUGAGGAUGUGAAGCCAAGAGAAAUCUGUAGGACCAGCAUAAAAGGACUUAUUUCUCCUGAUUUGUUGUUGUAUCAGCCAGCAACCAAGACAGUUGUAGUUGGAAGCCAUUGCUCAGGGAAACUUAAUUUCUACACUCUAAACACAUCAGACACCACAGAGACAACUGGGUUUGUGGAAAACAGAAAGUUCCUUGAACUAGAUUCAUUCUCAAAACCUAAAGGAAUUUGUACCCUUCCUGGGCAUGCCAAUGACUUCCUUGUUCUACUUGGAAAACCCAAGGAAGAAUCAAACAUGGUGGCUUUCCCACCAUCAGCAGUUUACGAGCUAUAUGAUGUAAGUUUAAGGUGUUUCAGUACUGUUCUCAGUGAAGGCAGCAGGCAAUUAGAGGACAAGUGUGCUCAGGAAAAAAGCAGCAGUCAUUGUCUUAACCUUGAAGAGAAAAUCACUAGCAAUGGAAGUAUUGAUUGCAGUGUUCCAGUCCCAAACAAGAACUGCUCACCGAUGUUAAGGCUUCCUGGUGGAAGUAUUUUUAAUGGACACAGUGAAUUAGCGCAAGACACGAGGACACCCUUAAUAUCAGAGUUGGAACUCAGUGAGGAAAGAGGGUUACCCACCAACUUCAAGGCACCUCUAGAGGGUAAGACAAUAUUUAACAGCUAUUCACCAAAGUGGAGGUGGCUAGUGGUGGAUAUUUGCCGAGCCGUGAAGCGGCGAGAAACUCCANCCCCCAGGCCGUGUCCUCCAUGGGUCAUUUUCACCCCAGUUCGUUAUGCCCUCGGGUCAUAUUCACCCCAGGUCGUUUCGCCCACAGGUCAUUUUCGCACCAAGUGCUAUGAGUCAGAUUUGCCAUACUAG